AUGUGUAAAUCUACUAAAAACCUUGACCAAGUAUCUACAUUUGAGAACGGCGGUAAAUGUUAUGCCAGAAUUCCCAAAAAAGACAUCAGAUCCGAAGGACCCUUUGAUUUGACAAAGUUGACAGCAACUGAUCGAUCCAAUUUUCAAGACAUUGUUACCAAGCUUGAAACUUAUGGUAUGUGCGUUGUUAAAGGCUAUUAUUCGGUCGAAGAGUGCGAGCAGAUGAAGAAGGAACUGGAGCCACUAUAUUACCGCGAUGAAGCUUGGAAUGGCUCGCCAUUUCCAAAACAGACAACAGUGGCACCUAGAUUAGCUCUGAAAUCUGCAACUUGUCGCGACAAAAUCGUGUGUGACAACUUGUAUUCGGACCUUUCCCACCAUUUUAUUAGUGAAUCAAAUCUAUUUUGGAUUGGUGAAGGUUUACGUCGCGGUCAGGCGGGUUUCCACUUGGCUUCUGGAAUUGCUUACAGAGUGGGGCCAGGGGCAUGUAACCAGAUGUACCAUCGCGAGGAUAUGGUUCAUCACAAUGUGCAUCCAAUAAGAGAUGCGUAUCAUUACGGCGACGACUCACAUAUGGGCAUGGCUGUUGCUUUGACUAAAAUGAAUAAAGCAAAUGGAGCCACCAGGGCCAUAGUCGGGUCGCACCUGUGGGGACCGCUUGACGGGCCUGGAGAUUUUGACAAGAACAUGGAGAUUCAUUUGGAAAUGGAUGAAGGUGAUGUCAUGUUCAUGCUCGGUAGCGUGUACCACGCUGCAAGUGCCAACGACAGUGACAGCGAGCGCAUUGCAGCGUUUUUCUUUAUGAUCAAAAGCUACCUAAGACAAGAGGAGAACUACCACAUUGACCAAGACAUGGCGAGUUUAAAAAAUAUGUCUUUAAAAGCUCUGACGCUGUUGGGAUUGCACAUUAGUGAGCCUUUCUGCGGACACAUUGACUACAAGAGUCCGGCGCUCCUAAUCAAUCCCGCACUCGAGGAUGUCGAGGGUAAGGGCAAAGCGAAAUACUCACAGGUCUUAUAUCCAGUUUUUGAGGAUUCAGAGAGAGCUUAA